AUGAAGCUCUGGCAAUCAACCAACCCCAACGGCCGUUUUGUCGGACAACAGCACCUCACAGAUACCGGUGCCCUUUUCUUGCGUGUUUUCGCCGUCGCACUGUUGCCGGGAAAACCGUACCUCCCAUUGUCCUCCCGAGCCAUCGCUGCGCCGUCCCCGGAGUCAGUUGAGACUUUGGUGCACCGCGAGCGCUGCGCCGCCGCCACCCACGAGAGUGCCAGCAAGGGAGCGUCCUCCCCCGACCACGACGCCGUCGAGCACUCGCCCCCCCCGCCGCAGUAUCCCGUCUCCGAAGCUUCGUCUUCGUCCCGGCCGCCGCCCUUCUCCUCGCUCUUCGCGUCGGCAGAGCUCUCCCCCGAGCGACCGGCCCGUAAGUUCCAUCCUGCCGUCGUCAGCCUAGCCGCUGCCUCUGCUUGCGAGGAAGCCACCGCCUCGGGCUCCGUCGCUGCGCCGGCCUACUCGUCCAGCCUCGAGGAGUCUACGCCGUUUGACCCCGACCAAGGCACCGGACGAGCGUUUCAGGACCCUGUCCAGGAGACCAAACGCGCGCUCCCCAGCGAUACCAAGGCCGAAUCUAGCGGCAAAGACGACGACGCGGAACCGCCGCCGGCAUAUUCUGAAGAAGGAGACAGUCCCCUUCAAUCAUUUACAUAUCUAAUGGCUGCCGCCGGAGGAACGUCGAGUAUUAUUACUCAGGUCCAGCAGGGUGGACCGUCCAUCAACGCCAUCGGAGAUGUCGGCGCUGAUGAGACUAUUGUGAUGGACCUUCGUGGUACCCGAUUUGUGCUAUCCAGAGAUGAGCUGCUUACCCUCCCCGAAUUUGUAUUGCUGUCUCUUUUCCCCAAUGGGCUCUUCCCAGAGGGCCAUAUGGGUGGCCCCAACGAUGAUGCGGUGCAAGUCGACUAUGACCCCGUUUCUCUUCAAUAUAUGCUGGACUUUUUCCGUGAUGUUGCACAGUCGAUACCCAUUGACUCGGAGGGCACGUCCAACGAUGGAGACUCGCACGGACUAGACUCUCGCGAUGACGCAUCGAAGCGGGCUGGUAUCAUUGUUCUUAGAGAAGAUCUUGAUUUUUAUGUCAUUCCUCCCAAAGCAGACAUUACGCAACAAGACAUGAUCAAAGUCAAGAGGGCUGCAGCGCAGGCUCUCCAAAAGCAAGACGGUAUCUUUUCUGGGCUGAAGCGCAGUGACGAGCCUGGAACCACUGAGGCACAUCUUAUUGAGAUGCUGACUGCUGGUGGUUUCAAUCACGACGACUGCUGGGGCCAUAGAGCCGGCGAGCCCAACAAGGCCGUCAUUUGUAGCCUGGCGCUGACCCGACUGAGAAGUGACAUUCGCGGGAGCGACUUGGGAAACAACGCAAUGGGGAUGGCCCAGAAGCUGCUCUUGUUCUGGCGCAAACCCGCGAGACGAUGCUGGUGGGAGGGCAUCGAGCUGGACAAUGUCGACGGAGUCGAGGGUCCUCUCAAAGUCUGGAUCCGACGCGUAUGGACGCUGGAGAUGUCUGUGAUUGGACUCCGGUAA